AUGGCACAAAAUGAGAAUGAUGAUAUGGCAAUAGACCAUGGUUUUGAACUCGAACAACAUCAUGUUAAUCAUGAACAACAACAACCUCAAAAGGGUACGAGGUUGUCGUCCAAAGAAGAUGAAGCAUCGGUUGAGAAAGUGUUUAAGCACUUAUUGGUUCCAACAUGGCAGAAUCAAUUAACUUUAAGAGCUUUUGUGGUUAGCUUUUUUCUGAGCGUGCUUUUCAGUUUCAUUGUGAUGAAGCUUAAUCUCACAACUGGGAUUAUACCGUCACUGAAUGUGUCUGCUGGUCUUUUGGGAUUCUUCUUUGUGAAAACAUGGACAAAGUUUUUGGAAAAAUCAGAUAUGUUGAAAAAACCUUUUACAAGACAAGAGAAUACUGUUAUUCAAACAUGUGUUGUUGCUUCCUCUGGAAUCGCAUUUAGUGGAGGAUUCGGGAGUUACCUAUUUGGAAUGAGUGAACAUGUGGCCAAACAAUCCUCAGACACUAGUGAUUUUAAGAAUCCAAAAUUGGGAUGGAUAAUUGCUUUUCUUUUUGUUGUUAGCUUUUUGGGACUCUUCUCAGUUGUACCUCUCAGAAAGAUUAUGGUCAUUGACUUCAAAUUGACAUAUCCAAGUGGUACUGCAACUGCUCAUCUCAUCAACAGCUUCCAUACUCCUCAAGGAGCCAAACUAGCAAAGAAGCAAGUGAAAUUGUUAGGAAAAUUCUUCAGUUUGAGUUUCUUAUGGGGUUUCUUUCAAUGGUUCUAUACAGCUUCUGAUGGCUGUGGAUUUCAAGCCUUCCCUUCAUUAGGCCUCAAAGCAUUUGAUAACAGGUUUUAUUUUGAUUUCUCUGCACUUUAUAUUGGUGUGGGAAUGAUUUGUCCAUAUAUCAUAAAUAUAUCGGUGCUCCUUGGAGGAAUUCUUUCUUGGGGAGUAAUGUGGCCUCUCAUAAAAACCAGAGAGGGUCAUUGGUACAAAGUUAACCUCGGUGAUGGCAACCUUCAAGGAAUCCAAGGUUAUAGGAUAUUUAUAGCCAUAGCAAUGAUCCUUGGAGAUGGUUUAUACAACUUUGUCAAGGUGCUAACUCACACCUUAUUAGGUUUGUUUAAUCAAAUUCGGAACAAACAACGGGCGGACGCUCUACCUGUCGCAAAUCCAGACUCUUCUUCUAUUUCUGAGCUAUCAUACAACGAUCAGCGCCGGAAGCAAUUCUUCCUUAAAGAUCAGAUUCCUAUAUGGUUUGCAGUUGGAGGAUAUGUUGCUAUUGCUUCAAUCUCAACAGCCACAUUGCCACACAUAUUCCCUCAACUAAAAUGGUAUUACAUACUUGUCAUAUACCUAAUUGCUCCAACCUUAGCAUUUUGCAAUGCAUAUGGUAAUGGAUUAACUGAUUGGUCCCUAGCAUCAACCUAUGGAAAACUUGCAAUCUUCACAAUCGGUGCGUGGGCUGGUGCAUCACAAGGUGGAGUUCUCGCUAGUCUAGCAGCCUGUGGAGUUAUGAUGAACAUUGUCUCGACAGCUUCUGAUCUCAUGCAAGAUUUCAAAACAGGUUACUUAACCUUGGCUUCUCCGCGUUCUAUGUUUGUGAGCCAAAUAAUCGGCACAGCAAUGGGUUGCGUGAUCUCUCCUUGUGUGUUUUGGAUUUUCUACAAAGCUUUUCCUGAUCUAGGGACACCUAAAAGUCGUUACCCCGCGCCAAACGCAAUUGUGUUCCGCAACAUGGCAAUACUCGGAGUCCAAGGAUUCGGUUCUUUACCGAAUAAUUGUCUCUUGCUUUGUUAUAUAUUCUUUGGCGCAGCGAUUGUGAUAAACUUGAUUAAGGAUUUGGUUGGUAAAGUAGGGAGGUUCAUACCACUUCCAAUGGCGAUGGCGAUACCUUUCUAUUUAGGACCUUAUUUUGCCAUUGACAUGUGUGUUGGAAGUUUGAUAUUAUUUGUUUGGGAAAAGGUUAACAAAGCUAAGGCUGAUGCUUUUGCGCCUGCUGUUGCUUCUGGUUUGAUAUGUGGUGAUGGAAUAUGGACUCUUCCUGCUUCAAUGCUUGCUCUUUUUGGAGUUAAGCCACCCAUUUGCAUGAAGUUCUUGUCAAGGGCUACAAAUAGUAGGGUUGAUACUUUCUUAGGAAAUUAA